UAAGAGCUGCAUUUGGUAGAAGAAAAAUUAUAAGUAUGAUGGUUGUAAAAUGUCUAGCGUACUUGGUUGCUUUGCUGUUACUUCUACUCAAUUAUGGAGCAAACGGUCAUCGUGUGUCUAGAAAGGUGCUUGAUUAUGAAAAACAAUUUAAACUCCUCCAGAAAACAAGUGUUACAACGAUUAAGAAUGAAUAUGGAGACAUAUAUGAUUGUGUAGACUUUUAUAAGCAGCCUGCUUUCGAUCAUCCACUAUUGGCAAACCAUACAUUCCACCCUGAGAUGAAACCGUCUAGUUUCGCUCUUAAAGAAGAGCGAACAAUUUCCAAAGAAAGAGAGAUACUUUCUAAUAAUAUGAAGUCAAGAGGUAAAGGCUGCCCAACAGGAACAAUUCCUAUUAAAAGAAUGAGCAAGGAUGAUUUUAUCAAAAUGAAACGAUUUACAGAAGAUUACACUUCAAGAACCAGAAGUAAUGAUUUUGAAAAUCAUUUUGCUGUUCUUCAAACAACUCCUAAUCCAAGUAAAAAGAUUUAUCAUGGAGCGAAAGGUAUAUUCACUUAUCAUGACCCCAAAGUUAGCGAUUCUCAAUAUACUUUGGGUGGAUUGACAAUUAUGAAUGGAGAUGAUACAAUAAAAGCGGGAUGGAUGAUCAAUCCAGCAGUAAACAAGGACAAUCGUACUCGACUUUUCCAGUAUUUCAAUGGUGGUUCAUCGCAUUGUUUCAAUAUGUUAUGUUCUGGAUUUGUUAAUGUUAAUAAAGAAGCACCAAUUGAUGACGUGCUUGAACCAAUGUCAAAAAGAUGGGGAAAAAUAUAUGGUAUAAAACUCAGUAUAUUUAAGGAUCCGAAAGACGGAAAUUGGUGGCUUGUAAUAGGGACUGAAAACACCAUACAAGGGUUUUGGCCAGGAAAGAUAUUCAAUGGAUUGGCAAAUUCAGCAACAUUUGUUUCAUUUGGUGGCGAAGCAUAUGGCCCUGUCGAUCAACCUUUACCACCUAUAGGAUCCGGUUACAAAGGCAUCGCGUCUCCAGAUGAUGCUGCUUAUGUUCUUGGAGUUACAGUGUUGGAUGAAAAUUUAAAGGAAGAUUAUAACCCUGUUGAAACUGAAACGUAUACUGAUGAUCCACAAUAUACAGUCACUGAUUAUGGAUGGUCUAAUAGAUAUGGACGCAUAAUGUUCUAUGGCGGUACUACUCCAGUAUAAUAUAAUGUACGUAGUGCUACUAUUUCUAUUGAUAAACAUUAAUAAAUUUCUUCAACUUUAUUUUCAAGAAAUUUCAUAUCAAUUUUCCUAAUAUCGGUAAGCAAAUGAUCUGAAAAUCUUAGUUCUACGCCUAUUGAAUAUCAAUUUUGGGCAAAAUCGUUUUUUUUUUUUUUUUUUUUUUUUGACUAGAUGGAAAAGGAUUUCAUCAAUAGAUGAAGCUAUUGUUCCUUCUAUUUCAAGUAAUUGGCAUAGAUUGCCUUUUAACUCCUUCUAAAGGGGUCUCAUUCAGUUUUUAGUUUGGAUUUACGUCAAAUCCAAUCUGAUUCAACGGAAAAAAAAUCAAUUUUCAAAUUUACA